AUGGCCGACUCCGAAGAAGCGACUUUGGAGUCGGCGGCACUUUCCGCCGCACCGAUCUCCUUCAGCUUUAGUCGCACGACCUCCCGGAAACGGCUGCCAGACUCUGGACAUGGCGCGGGCGCGGGUGCGGCUCCGGAGGAGAAGGACUUCUUGAAGAGCGUGGAAGGGCGGGAGCUGCUCAGCGUGAAGCCCACGGAGGCCCCCAAAGAACUCUUGAUCCCCUUGAUCCAGAAUGCGCCCCGGCGGAGGCCGCCCGCGGCGCAGACCCAGGAGCCCGCCUCGGGGCAGCCUGUGGUGGACGAGGUGCUGUCGCAGGCCGUCAAGGAGUUGAUCGAGGAAUCCAAGAAGGCCCGGGAGGGAGAGACUGCAGGUGGGGACCCCACACUCUCCAUUCCCAUGACUCACAAAGCAUGCACCCCCGAGGAGGAAGCGGCAGGCGAACCCCAAAGUGAGGCAGUGCCAGAGGAGGCCAAUUACGAGGCGGUCCCGGUGGAGGCCUACGGGCUGGCCCUCCUGCGGGGCAUGGGCUGGAAGCCCGGAGAGGGUGUGGGCCGCACCUUCAACCAAGUGGUGCAGCCCCGUGUCAACGCCCUGAGGCCCAAGGGCUUGGGGCUGGGUGCGAGCCUAGCCGAGCUCCAGAGUCUGGCCGCCACUGGGCCCCACGGCCCCAAGCCCCAUGAGGAGCGCAGCAAGGACAAGGAAGACCAGCCGAAAGAACUGGUGCCUGGAGGAGCCGCCUUGAUUCUUUCUGGCCCGCACCGAGGCCAGUAUGGAAAAGUGGAAGGCUUGGAUCCUGACAACGCUCGGGCCAUGAUUCGUCUGGCUCUAGGCAACCGCAUGGUGACUGUGAGCGAGUACUGCCUGCAGCCUGUCUCCCAGCAGGAGUUAGACAAGAACUCCAACCCCGACCAGGUUGGCAAAACUUGCCCCAGACAACAGAACACAACAGGUUCUCGGGAGGUGCAUCGUCGGGAGGACUCCAGUAGGAAGCACAAACAUCUUCCGGAUCAGGGCGGACCCCCCACCAAGGUGAACACCAGCAGCAAGGCAUCUCGGACUCACCACUGGCUGCACAGGGACCUUCGGGUGCGUUUUGUGGACAAACAGCACAAGGGCGGUCAGUAUUACAACACCAAGAUGACCAUUGAAGAUGUCCUGAGCCCUUAUACCUGUGUGUGUCGGACAGAUGAAGGCCGGUAUUUGGAAGGGUUGAGGGAAAACCAGCUGGAGACGCUAGUCCCCAAAGUUGAGGGCCAGAGGGUGAUGGUGGUGCUAGGACCCCAGGCUGGAAAGGUGGGCCGUCUGCUAGGUCGAGAUCAAGCACGGAGUCGUGCUAUGGUGCAGCUGCACAGAGAGAAUCAACUGCUGGAGCUCCACUAUGAUGCUGUCUGCGAGUAUGUGGGCCCAGGAGGCUUUGAGGACGACUGAGCCCCACAAUCUCACCUUCUCUCUGGGUGGAGUCUGGAAAGUCCCUCUGCCUGCAGGGGGAAGAGAGCCUUAUUCCUUCCGAAGGGGACAGGCCGGGUGCUAGCAGAAUUGGAUUGGAGAGAGCUUAGUGGGCUAGAGGGCA